GGCUCAGAGGGGCAGGACUCCGCGGAACAGCCCUGCUGUCUCGUGUGUGUGGUUCCAAAGGAUUUUACCUGCAGCCCCUCUCCGUGCUUUUGUAUUGCAACUAUAUUCACUGAAAGCCACGUGUAUUUAAAAAGGAAGGGACCAGUUAUGGAACUCCUGUGCUUCGAAAAAGACACCAUCAUCAGAGCCCGUCCGGACCCUAACCUCCUACAAGAUGACAGGGUUAUACAGAGCCUGUUGACCAUUGAGGAAAACUUUCUACCCCAGUGUUCUUAUUUUAAAUGCGUGCAAAAGGAGAUUCAGCCGUUUAUGCGGAAAAUGGUUACAACUUGGAUGCUGGAGGUUUGCGAAGAACAGAAGUGUGAAGAAGACGUCUUUCCUUUGGCAGUGAACUAUCUGGACAGAUAUUUAGCCGUGGUGCCCACUAGGAAAUCUUGCCUGCAGCUGCUAGGAGCGGUCUGCAUGUUUCUCGCGUCAAAGCUGAAAGAGGCGCACCCUCUAACCGCAAAAAAACUCUGCAUCUACACGGAUAAUUCCAUAACAACACAGACGCUGCUGCAGUGGGAGCUGGUGGUCGUGGGGAAGUUGAAGUGGAACCUCGCAGCCGUCACUCCGCAUGACUUCAUCGAGCACAUCUUCCGGAAGCUGCCGCUGCCCCAGGGCAAGCUGGCUCUCAUCCGAAAACAUGUGCACACCUUCAUCGCCCUCUGUGCCACAGAUUUCAGCUUCUCGAUGUACCCCCCCUCCAUGAUCGCCUGCGGCAGCGUGGGGGCGGCAGUGUGCGGGCUCCAGCUGGACAGGAGUGACCCGCUGCUCUCGCGAGGACAGCUGACUGACCUGCUGGCCAAAAUCACCAACACAGAAGUGGACUGUUUGAAGGAGUGUCAGGAGCAGAUUGAGAGCGUUUUGGUGAGCAGUCUACAGGAAGUCCAGCUGCAGCACACAGUGGACCAGAGGGGGCCGAACAGGAAGGGCGUGGACGAGCUGGACCCGUCCUGCACCCCCACGGACGUUCGCGAUGUCAACCUGUGAGCUCACAGGAACGUCCACAGCACAGAAUAAUAAAAAUAAAAAGGAAAAACACACAACAAAAAAAGAUACACGCAACCAAGUGCCUGCAAGUCCUAUAGAGCUUUAUUAUGUUUUAUAAAACUUGAGAUUUUCGUAAUCAAUGAUUGAAUAAUAUAGUUAUAUAUUUUAUCAGAAAAAUAUUAUUAAAAAAUCCUAUGAAAGCUCUUAAACCUUGAGACCAAAAUUCAAGGCCUGCAUUUGUGGGAUCAAGUUUUUUUAUUUUGUUUUUUUUUUUUUGUCCAUUUGUACAAUCCUGGGGGGAUGAUGCACGGGCUGGGUUUGUCAUUAGGAAAGAGUGGGGUAUCCUCACGGGGUGUUUCUCAUUGGGAGUGAAUGGGUCAGUCCUGCGGAGGGCAGAACAUUGGGCUUCCAGGGCUACAGUCAGGACCAUAAACCAGUCAAAAUGCAUUCAACAAUGCAGGAUAGUUAAUAUUAUUUUUAUUAUUAUUUUUAUUUUAAUAUUACAUUUAUUACCAUAGCCUGUGUGCAUGGUACUGGGUAGAAUGGGGAAAGGAGCUCACAGCUUUUAGAGGAAUUGUGGGAUAUAAGGAAAGUACCUCUGUAUUGCUGCCUAAUAUUAAUGCGCUUUAUUCUGAAAUGACAGACUUGGAGCUGGGCGAGGGCUGGACCCACCCAGAGCCUGGGAGAGAGCAAGAGGGGCGACAUUGACCCUCACCUGAUGUUAUCCAUGAGGUGUACCUUAUCAGAGGUGGACAGUACCAUCUGCUCUUACUGGGGCAAGUUCAGGUGUUGCAUUUUGUCGUUCAAGUUGGCAAUCAUAGAAUGCAGUAUUUUGUUACAAAUAGCAAAUCUUCAUUUUUAUCUCUCAUAUUUUACAUGAAGCUUGAGAGUAAGCUGAAUGCUCCCAAGAGCUGAUUUUGGUGAUGGAGGAGACCCGAGUCUGUAGGGGGAGCUAGAGAGUCAGACUGAAGGUGUGGCUCAGUGGGAGAAGAUGCCUGCAGUGGUGAGAGUCAGAGACAGAAAGUAAGUAGGAGGAAAUUGUGAAUGAGGGGGUGGAGUGUGGGGGAAAUGUUGAAUGAGGAAGAGAACUUUGGGGAAAUUGUAAAUGGAGGGUAGAGUUUGGGGAAAACGUUGAAUGAGGAAGAGUACUUUGGGGAAAUUGUGGAUGGAGGUUAGAGUUGAAUGAGGAAAGUGUUGAA